AUGAGAAACAUACUCUAUGAAGGGUUAUCAGAAGACCUUGGAGGAUAUCUGGAGAAGGGACACAUGUGUGACGUGAAAAUACACGUCGGAGAAUAUAGGGAUAAGAAAACGUUUGAUGCGCAUUCGAUAAUACUUGCUGCGAGGUCUCCUUAUUUUCGGAAAGAAAUUGAAAGUAGACUACAGAAUUCCGAAAAUGUAAUAGAAUUUUAUAAACCAAGAAUUUCGCCAAGUGUUUUUAAACCGUUGUUGAAAUAUAUCUAUACAGGCAUUGUGCCAUUACAUAAUCCUGAAGCAGAAAACUUUUUGGAUGUUCUUCUUGCCGCGGACGAACCGUUAUUAAGUGAUGAUCCAAGUUUGAUAAUCGAUUUUAUACUUGUUGCAAGUGAAUUAGAACUUGGUCAACUAGUGGAACGCCUUCAGCAUAACCUCUUAGGCGACCGAACCGAAUGGUUGCGUGAAAAUAUUGAUCGAAUUUAUGAAAAAUGUUUCAUGAAUCCAUCAUUGAAAAUACUUAAAGAUUUUUGCAUAGAAACAAUUAGAACGGACGUCGAGUUGAUGCUUCAAUUGGAAAAAUUUUCCAGAAUGCCGCUGAAUGAUGCAGUCCUGAUGAUGUCUAGGGAUGACCUCAUGAUGGAAGAAAUUGAUGUCUGGAAUCAAGCUGUUAGAUGGAGUAUUGCACAAUUUCCAAAUCUCUCUAGAAAUCCCGAACGUUGGACAGCUGUUCAAUGCAAUGAUCUUAAGUUGAUGAUGGAAAAUUUUACUGGCGUGAUUCGGUGGCUUCAUAUUUCAAGAGAUGAAUUUGCCACAAGCGUUGUUCCAUAUUCGAAAAUUUUGACAGGAGAAUUGUAUGGAGAACUAGUGAGAUAUUACUUAAAUUCGGAAGCAUCAAAUUUUCCCAAUUUACCAAAACGUUUGGGAAAAUUUGAAUCAAACUUGAUAUCCAUUAAUCACAUGAGUCGCAUUUCAGAAUGGAUUGAGGCUCAACAAGCGAGAUCCAUUCGGCGAUGUGAACGCACGACAGAGAAAAUGCGGUAUCGAUAUAACCUCCUUAUUCGCGGGAGUCGAGAUGGCUUUGAUAAAUCGAAUUUCCAAGAAGCAUGUCAAAAUAUCGGCCCAACCGUUACUCUCAUUAAACCUGAGGGGUCCGAUUUAAUAAUCGGAGGGUAUAACCCAAUUCCAUGGACGACUUCCGAAGAAAACAACAUUCGUACACUGAAAAGUUUUAUCUUCUCAUUCGACAAUAGUUGUGGCGAUCUCGCGAACGCUGGAAGACUGGGUGGGACAAAGAACUCCAAGGUUCAUCCUAUAAUAUCCAUUACCAAUGAAGGCUUCAAGUUCGGAGCAGAUUUUUUCUUGAGAUUUACUAACUCCUACAAUCAAGCAAAUUUCAUUCUGGAUUAUCACAAUGUUGAGUAUAACUUGCUUGACAAUGUUAAAUUAGAAAUUCGAAAUCCUGUGCGCAUAAAGGAUUAUGAAAUAUUUUCUAUUCACGAUCUCCCGUCUUCUAGUCAGCUCACACACUUUGUCAUACCAUCUCUUCAGAGUUCCUAUAAUUUUAUUUUGGGAAUUUCCAUGAGGUUUAUAGAAUUUCUUUUAGAACGCAAUGUCUUAGAAAAAAGGAACUUUGAUCUUUUUUUAAAAUAUAGUGAUUUAAGAACUGUUUUCGAAAGUCUGGCGGCCGAACGUCGCACAGACAACACCAAGGAGUCACGAAAAUUUAAAUGA